ACUACAAGCAAAUUCCAGCUAGAGAUGUAAGGGAAGCCUUACAAUUUGCAAAAAGAAAAGCAGAGACAAAACAAAGAAGGUGCCAUAUGAGACACUACCAGCGCUUUCACUUUCUAUUAAAUUUAUGUCUUGGUGUUGACGCAGUUCCGUCUUCACUACUAGCUAGAUGUCCAUAUAUAUGUACAUAUGUAUGCAAGGAGCUGCUAUAUGAAGAAAUCUACGCACUACGUUGCCUCCACGCAGUAGCAGUACUACAUCUUCCAAAUUAAGAUGUUCUUCCUCGGCAAUAGCUCAUAUGUUAAUGGCUCAUGUGCUUCCGUGGAAAAAUAUUUCACAAGCAACCUCACCUCCUCUUACGCAGACCAGACAAAUGAGGCCACCAUGGUGCUCACCUCGGUCGUCAUGUUCAUGCUCGCCGCUCUCUUCUUCAGCCUCAAUCUCUUCAGCCGUCUGUCCGAUCUGAGCGCCAUCCUCAACCCCAGCGUCCGCCUCUUCCUCUCCACCUCGCUGUCCCUCUUCCUCCCCGUCAUGUCCUACCUCUUCUCCGAGGCCAAGAACGAGGCUGCCGCCUUGGUUGUUGGCAACACCGAUAGCUCCAGUUAUUACAGCCAGCUGGGUACCGAGCUGUCGCUGCGUGCUCGGACCAUCCUCAUGUGGAUGCUUCUGGUUGAACUCCUCCGCAAGAAAGUCGAGGCCAUCUUGGUGAACGUGGCCGUCAAGUCCUACACCAGCACCAUCGAUCGCGCUUCCCGGAUCGCUUGGCUGGGCUACCUCGUCUUCUACAAUCUUAGAAGUACCGGCAAGAAGGCAGUCUAUGGAAUCUUAUGGGUCCUCGGUGCAGCCAAGUUUCUCCAGAGGCUCGCCAUCAACGAGCUGCUCCGGCAUUCCUUGGCCUAUGGCAAGAAUGCCGAGCUGCUCAGCUCGUACAUGGCCCAGAUAAUGCUGCAAGAGCAAGAUAAUCAGCAUCAGGACGGGGUCAUUGAUCAGGGAGCAGAUGGAGUGGAGCUUUUGAGGGGCUGCAAGUACGCCUUGAUGGGAGAAGAAGACUUGGAGGUGAAGGCUGGCCCUGACGGCUACCAAAUCGAGCUGAAGAACAACACCAUUGUUACAGUUGGUGAUGUUUGGACGCUGGCUGACAAGGAGGACCGACUGCAACAAGACUCAAUGCUUAAAAGGCUAUGCCUCUCCUUCGCACUCUACAAGCUGAUGCGCCGGCGGUUUGAGGACCUCCCCCCCAUCACUGACAAAGAAACCUCCAACUGCCGGAGCCUCAUCUUUAAAGGUCUGCGCAAGCAGCUGCAUGAAGAAGCUGAGGCUGCAUUGUUGCCGUCGUCGACAACUGGUGGCCCGCAAGAACAUGAGUUGUUACAUUUGGACGCGGAGCGCAAGGAGGACCUUAAAGGCACGGUGGUCGCCGUUGCGCUGUUCCAAGUGUUCGACGAGGAGAUCCAGUUCCUCUGCGAGUACUACCACUCCGUUCUCCCCGUCGUGCUCUCCAACCCAUUCUUCUUCUUUGCAAACUACAUCCUGUUCCCCAUCCUAGUCCUGGCCUUCUGCCUCCUGACGUUCAUCCUCUGCGGCAACGGGGACGUGCGCUACGCGUACAAAAGCAUCAGGGAGGACAACUACAUCGUAUCAAUCGGCACCAUCAAGUUAGCCAUGUGCCUCCUGGGAAAAAUCACCAGUCCAGCAGCGCUCUUCAGCAUCGUCGAUCUAUCCAUCACCAUGCUGCUAUUGCUCACUUUCCUCUACGAGGAACUUUGGGAGUACCUUGUCUUCAUCCUCUCCAACUGGCUGAUGGUGUCACUGCUCUGCAAGUACACCGCUGCCAAGAAACCGUGCCAUGAGCCGCGUGACAGCCGCAGCAUCCCAUUCUUAAGCGGACUCAUCCGCGGGAUCCUAUGGGUACGGAGUAAGAUGAGCCGCCGCCAACUUUCCUUCAAGCAGUUCUCCAUGCUUGGGUUCACCGGCGGCCGAUCGUACGCCUCCAUGAUGAUGAUGCCUAAUACUACUAGUAUUGCAGUGCCCAUGGAAGUGAAGAAGUCCAUCAUGGAAUACCUAAUGGAUGCCCACGUGGCUAGCGCUGCCCGCCCUCUCAGCAGCGGCUGGUCCACUCUGCAGUCGGAGAAGCACAACCACCGGCUGAACAGCAGCUCCUCACGGCUGUCAUCAGCGUGCAAGAGCAAGAGUGUCGCCGAGGUUAUCCUCACCUGGCAUGUUGCCACCAGCAUUCUGGAAUUCAAGUGCCCGAUGCCGACGGGAGGCCGAGCUCGACGGCAUGGGCAUGGGCAUCGGCAUCGCAAGGUGGCAGCGACACUGUCCGGGUACUGCACUUACCUGGUGGCCCUGUAUCCAGAGCUGCUCCCAGACAACAAGGAUGGGACGAACCAUGUGUACAAGAAGAUGCAACAGGAGCUGAAGAAGGAGCUAGGAGGCUGUUUGAGGUACCGCAUGUCGUCUCCGGGUGCCCGGUACGACAAGCUGCUGAGCCUGAGCGAGACCGCAGACAAGGAUAUCAACUCGGCGGCGGCGGAGAUGGUGCACGAGGCGGCAAAGUUAGGGAAAACACUGGUGGGGAUGGCAGAGCAGGAGGAGGACCAUGUGUGGGAGCUGCUGGCCGACCUUUGGACGGAGCUCAUGGUGUAUGUUGCUCCGUCGGGCAGCGAGCUGCACGUGAAGGCACACAAGGAGGCUCUGGCACAUGGGGGCGAGUUCAUCACCGUGCUCUGGGCACUCUGCACCCACACCGGCAUAACCAGGACGGCCGUCGAACCAUGCAAGGCUGUACGUGGUACACUGGAAGUCUGAAACCAUAGAUCGAGAGCAAUAAUACGUAUGUACCAGUGCACCAAAUUCCAAAUUAGGAGGCAUGCUGAAACCCUUACGAACUUCAAAAAUAUUUGGAGGCGUUUUAAAAAUUGAUAAGGAUGUUGGAGAAGAGGAAUGUCAUUUAAGGCAUUUCUAAAAAUUGUCUUCAAAGAUUUCAUCGGUGGCUUUUUUGAAAAUGCCUUUAGUGGUCACUGGAAGCAUUCUGAAAAAUCACUUCGAUUGUCACUUAGGGCAUUAAGAUAAAUGCCUCCACCAAAAUGAAUAUGAACUGGCAGCUGAAUUUUCAGACUUGAA